UUUUAUUCCUACAUUAUUUUACUCUCUGUUUUAUCGAUUCUUGCUUACCAAUUGCCAAAAUAUUUAUAAAAAUUAUGCAGUAAAAGUUAAAUUAAAAUUAUAAAAACAAAUCCACCAAGAAAACUUGAAAUUUAUAAAACUCCACAUUUACAUAUAAAAAAAAUAAAAAAAAUCAAACAAUGAAAAAAAUGGAAGAACAAUCACCCUUCUUCUGGUACACUACUACAGGUAUCAUCAUCAUCUUCCUCACCUUCCUCACCAAAUUUAAACCAAAACACAAAUUUACGAGUCUGCCCCCAUCCCCGCCGUCUCUUCCAAUCAUCGGCCACCUUCACCUUCUAAAACAUCCAGUCCACCGAACCCUCCACUCCCUUUCUUCAAAGUUGGGUAAAAUCCUCCUCCUCAAAUGGGGUUCGCGCGCAGUCCUCCUAGUCUCCUCCCCUUCCGCCGCUGAAGAAUGCUACACCAAGCACGACGUUGCCUUCGCCAACCGUCCAAGCCUGCUCGCCGGCAAACACUUCCACUACAACUUCACAACCGUCGCGGCGGCAUCCUACGGCGACCAUUGGCGUUACCUCCGCCGCGUCAUGACUCUGGAGUUCUUCUCCUCCUCCCGCCUUGCGGCGUUUGCAGCCGUCCGGCAAGGAGAAGUCCGUCUCUUACUGAACCAGAUCAUGAAGAAGUCAAAGGUCGAACUCAAGUCCAAAUUUACGGAGCUUGCAUUCAACGUGAUGACGAUGACGGUGGUGGGGAAGCGGUACUUCGGCGAAGACGUGGCAGACGAUGAGGAGGCAAAGAAUUUCCGGGAGGUUAUGAGGGAGGCCGUGCACCUAUCGGCGGCGACGAAUUUGGGAGAUUUUUUGCCGGUUUUGCAGUGGAUGGAUGCGACGGGUUUGGAGAAGAAGAUGGUGAGGCUGAUGAAAAAGAUGGACGGCUUCUUGCAGAGUUUGAUUGAGGAGCGCCGUGGGAUUUUGGCGGCGGGUUUUGAAACGAACGGCGCAGAAUUGAAGAAGUUGAUGAUCGACAACUUUUUGGCGUUGCAACAAACAGAUCCCCAAUUAUAUACCGAUGAAAUCGUCAAGGGAAUCAUUUUGGUGUUGCUGGUAGCUGGGACAGACACAACAUCAACAACCCUAGAAUGGGCAAUGGCACUAUUGCUAAACCAUCCAGGUGCAAUGGCGAAAUUAAGAGCCGAGAUAGAUACCAAGACUGGAUCUGAUCAUCGUCUGUUGGAAGAGCAAGACUUGCCAAACCUGAACUACUUGCAAAAUGUGAUCACCGAAACGUAUCGUUUGUACCCUUCAUUUCCAAUUCUAGUGCCUCAUGAAAACUCAGAGGACUGUGUGGUAGGGGGGUUCGACGUGCCGCAUCACACAAUGCUCGUGAUCAAUGCAUGGGCUAUCCACAGGAACCCUGAGAUAUGGGAGGACCCCGAAAAGUUUAAGCCGGAGAGGUUUGAAGGGUGGAGUGGUGAGGGGUCCGAAGGGUAUAAGCUGAUCCCAUUUGGGGCUGGAAGGCGACGGUGUCCUGGGGCCAGCCUCGCGAACAAGUUGGUUGGGUUGGCGCUGGGAAGCUUGGUUCAGUCGUUUGAGUGGGAGAGGAUUGGUGAAGAGGAGGUGGACAUGAGUGAGGGUUUGGGGCUUACCAUGCCAAGGGUCAAGCCCUUGGAGGCUAUUUGCAAGCCACGCCCAAUCAUGCUAUCUUCCAUGUAAAAUUCGACCAUAAAGUCCAAAGCACAAUACUACUGCUACAUUAUUCCCUUUGCUUGGUAGUAAUCAAUAUGUAUGGAUUGACUGUAAUCAAGUUCAAAGUUAUAGUUCUUAUAGUUAAAUCUAUCAAAAACUAUACUUGUUUAA